UACAUUCACUAUUAAACUAACAUCAUAACCACUGAUUAUCUUCAUCAAAAUUCAACCUUACUCGUUUGUACUUACCUACUGAUGUCGAAAGGAGUCUUCGCCACCGUAUCCAACGGCUGGUCAGGGUGGUGGGGAAGCGGCAACACAGACGAAGAGGCCGCAACCACCGUGAUCAUAAUCACCUCUCUGAUUUCUAUAUUCUACCUGGCAUGGAUGUUCACAUCAAAGAAGUCCCACGCGCCUCUGCCACCAGGCCCACGACCUCUACCACUACUCGGAAACCUCCUAUCUCUUGAUCCCGAACUCCACUCCUACUUUGCCGCCUUGGCGAAAACAUAUGGCCCAAUUUCAAGGCUUUGGUUCGGUAAAAAACUGGGUAUUCUCAUCACCUCUCCGGCAUUGGCCCGUGAGGUGCUAAAACUGAAUGAUGUCACGUUUGCGGACCGAGACGUUCCACUUGCUGGGAAAGUGGGAACAUAUGGUGGAAACGACAUCGUUUCGUUACCAUAUGGCGAUCAAUGGCGGAUGUUGAGAAAGAUUUGCGUUCGUGAAAUGCUUGGCAACCAAAUUUUAGAUUCCGUUUACUAUCUACGCAGGAAAGAGGUCAGGAACACCGUGAAAUACUUGUACAGUAAUGUCGGGUCGCCGGUGAACGUUGGGGAGCAGAUGUUUUUGACGACGUUGAAUGUGAUUACCGGCAUGAUGUGGGGUGGCACUGUGAGUUCUGAUAAUAAGGAGAGAGUGGGAGCAGAAUUUCGGCAACUGAUAGGUGAGAUGACAGGAUACUUGAUGACGCCAAACUUGUCAGACUUAUAUCCGGCUUUGGCUCCGUUUGAUCUUCAAGGAAUUGUAAAGAAUAUGAAGGUGUUGGCGAAGAGAUUGGAUGGGAUUUUUGAGACUAUGAUUGAUCAAAGGAGGAAAAUGGGUGGGGAAGGAAACAAGGAUUUUUUGCAGUUUUUGUUGGAGCUUAAAGACAGUGGAGAUUCGAACCCACCGUUCACCACCACUCAUCUCAAAGCCUUGCUUAUGGAUAUGGUGGUUGGAGGGACGGAUACAACCUCGACUACACUCGAGUUUGCCUUGGCCGAGAUGAUGAGGCAACCCGAAAUCCUCAAAAAGGCACAACAAGAAUUAGAGACGGUGGUCGGAAAAGACAAAGUAGUCGAAGAAUCCCACAUCAACAAACUACCCUACCUAUAUGCCAUCAUGAAAGAAACUCUUCGAUUGCACCCGAUACUUCCACUCUUGGUACCCCAUUGUCCUAGUGAGUCAUGUGUGAUUGGCGGCUAUACAAUCCCCAAAGGUGCUCGGGUGUUUGUGAAUGUGUGGGCAAUACAUAGAGACCCAACCAUUUGGGAAACCCCGUUGGAAUUUCGACCUGAAAGGUUCUUGGAUGGGAAGUGGGAUUAUACUGGCAAUGACUUCAGAUAUUUCCCGUUUGGAUCUGGGCGUAGGAUAUGUGCAGGGACCGCAAUGGCUGAGCGGAUGUUUAUGUAUUUGCUUGGAUCCAUAAUCCAUUCUUUUGAUUGGGGAUUGGAGCACGGAAAAGAACAUGACCUAUCUGAAAAGUUUGGGAUCGUGUUGAAGAAGAAAGUUGCUCUCGUGGCAAUUCCAACACCAAGGUUGUCAAACCUCAAAUUGUACGAGUGACAAUCUUGCAAGUGAUGUUACAAUCGAAGCCAUUAAUAUCCUCGCACUUGUAAGAAUUAACUAAUAUGUACUCGCAUUCUCAAUGUAAUAAAUGUGACAUAAACAUUAUUGGAUUCUCAUGUCUAUUACGUUAAGAAAUUUGAAUUUUAAGAUGUUAAUUAUUGCUACA